GGCACGGCCCGGCUCGGCUCGGCACGGCUCGUCCCGGGCGCUCGCCCCCGAUAAUGCAGAGCUACAAGUACGACAAGGCGAUCCCGCCGGAGAGCAAGAAUGGGGGCAGCCCGGCGCUCAACAACAACCCGGCCAAGAGCAGCAGCAAGAAAGCCCUGCUCAUCUGCCUCGACUGCCUCUGCCUCGUCAUGGCCGGGUUGCCUUUCCUCAUCAUCGAGACAAGCACAAUCCAGCCCUACCAGAGGGGCUUCUACUGCGACGACGACAGCAUCAGGUACCCGCAGAAGAACGUGGAAACCAUCAACGACGCGGUGCUGUGUGCUGCAGGCAUCCUCAUCGCCAUCCUCGCGAUUAUAACGGGAGAGCUCUACCGCAUCCACUACCUGAAGGAGAAAUCCCGCUCCUUCAUCCAGAACCCCUACGUGGCAGCUCUCUACAAGCAAGUGGGCUGCUUUGUUUUUGGCUGUGCCAUCAGCCAGUCCUUCACAGACAUUGCCAAAGUGUCCGUCGGGCGCUUGCGGCCGCAUUUCCUGGCGGUUUGUGACUUGGAUUUCUCCACCAUCAACUGCGCCAAGGGAGUUUACAUCCAGAACUACACCUGCAGGGGGAGUGACAGCAGGGUGCAGGAAGCCAGGAAAUCCUUCUUCUCUGGGCACGCGUCCUUCUCCCUGUACACCAUGCUGUACUUGGUGUUCUAUCUGCAGGCCAGAUUCACGUGGAAGGGAGCCCGGCUGCUCCGUCCCCUGCUGCAGUUCACCCUGAUCAUGAUGGCCUUUUACACCGGGCUGUCCCGCGUCUCCGACCACAAGCACCACCCCACCGACGUGCUGGCAGGCUUUGCACAGGGAGCCCUGGUGGCUUACUGCGUGGUGUUUUACGUCUCAGAUCUCUUCAAGCCCAAGACAAAGACUUGCCUGCUUCCACCUCCCAUCCGGAAGGAGAUCCUUUCACCUGUGGACAUCAUUGAGAGGAAUAAUCAUCACAACAUGGUGUAAAACUUCGAGGAAUCAGAUGGGUGUUGUAUUUUAAACUUUUUUUUUUUUUUGCAAAAAAAAGUGACUGCUGACAGCAACUACCUGCUGCUCUCAAAUCUCAUCAGACAGUAGAAUGUAGGGAGAGACUUUCUUGCCCGACCAGUAAAGUCUUACUCUGUGGUCUUUUCAACUUGCGACAUUUGGAUGAAAGGGGUGGUGGUGGUCAACUAAGGCAAAGGUGACAAUGACAAAGGAGAAAAACAAAACCCACACUACACAAAAAGCCGAACAAACAAAGAGAGGUGCCGGAGUUCUGGAUGUGCAAUUGGUUUGAGUGUUCAUGUUGUAGUGAACGCCAAAUUGUUCCCAGCCCAGUGAACACUAAGGGGUUUUUGGAAAGCUGGCCAUCCUAGGUUUUUUUCUGACUACGAAGAUUUCCAAUGCCUGCGAGAAAAAAAAACCAACUCACGACUAAGUUGUAUAGCACUACGUAUGAGCAACAGCACUGAGUCAAGACCUGGGAUUGGUUCAUAAGAGUUGCUUUUUUCUCUUCUUGAUCCUAGUUUAUUUUUGCCUCUUCUCUUCCAUACUGUGACUUAAUUUAGAAGAAGCUUGCCCAGUCCAAGGUCUCCGAAGGGUCUCUGCUCUCUCUGCUCACACUACACGCCUUUAACGAGCGGCCCGAGACGCGCAGUGAGGCCGGAGAUCUCCUUCCUCCGCACAGAGAAGCCACAUUUCCUCCUCCCCGCUCGCUCCCUGCCGAGGGCUCAUCCCACCCGAGCCUCCCUAAAUGAAAAGAGCAUCCUCCACUUCCCAGCCAUCCCAUUUCCCCCAGAGAAAAAUCCCAGCAGGUUCCAUGCACGGGAGCCGCGGUUUGCGCCGAAGACUCGUUCAGUUCGCACUACGACCCCGGGGCUGAGUCCUGGGGAAACUUUUAUUCUUCAGUUUUGGGACGGGCUGCUGGGCGGCACGUCCCGGCCUGGGUGUCAGUCGGUUUGUGCAUCCCCUCCUCUCCUCCUCAUCCUCCUCCUCCUCCCUGGCCACCCCAGGGUGCGCCAUGGCAGUACCAGGCCCUGUGCUCCGCUGGGUCACUCCAGUGGGAAAUCAGCUGUGCCUCUCUUGGGUGUGAUGAUGGCAUUUUUUUUUUUUUUGCCCAGAAGCCACAGGUGCUUGGUUUGCAGCCCUUCCACGAAGCGCAUUUGCAAAGGGAUCCCGCAGAACACGCAGAACGGCCAUUUGCACAUCCUUCUCACAGAAUCCGUCCUAUCAUUUCAACUUAUAGCAAGCUAUGAUUUUUUUUAUAUUAUAAAUAUUAUAUAAAUAAUGUAUAAAACCUUAAAAAUUAACUAUGUAAAAUAUUAUUUCUGAAACAAUUUUAGAUAUAUCCACUAUGACUAUAAACUGUGUCCUGACCUGUGUUAUUUACAUUUUGCUGCUUAAAAAAGCAUUGAAUUAAUUUUUUUAUAGUCGACUAAAAUAUUGUAGUUCUGUGGUAGUAAUAUUUUAAUGAAAAUAACUACAAUUAGAGACAUUUGUAUAAAAAAAAACAUAUUAAAUUGUCUGUAUUUUUGUAAUGUUCCAUUUUGUAAAGAGAAGAAUAUUCAAAGACUUUUGUAGAAUACAAAAUUGAAGUUUGUAUCUGCGAAAUUAUUGCUGUAUAAAUGUGCUUUUUAAAUAAAAGCUCAUAACACAAC